AUGUAUUCGAAUUUCGAAUCGUGCCGAUAUGUUGAGCAAAUUUAUUAUGAAAAUUGGAUUAAAGUGACUGAUUUGCGUUCUUAUUUGGCUCGACUGCGUCGCGACAAUUUUUCGGUUCAGAACGCCAAAGUGGCCGCAUUGGCAGGUUUGAAUUUGAUUUGUGUCUCUGCGCCAUUUGAUAAACAGCAUCGUUUUCCUGAACACGUGAAUUAUAUCAUUGACAGCGUCGAACCAUAUCUAUCCAACUUGUUGAAAAUACGACAGUUUUUGGAAUUGGGUCGUGGUGCGGUCGCUAGUGAUAUGGGUAUGACACAAGAUCUACAAAAAGCGUUUCAGGAAUCGAUUAAGAUCUUAAUUGAUGCGUUAAACAAAUCUGUAAACUUUAUUGAUCGCAAGAAGCUUGAGUUAAAUUUGAAGUGGAAUGAAUAG